GGACAUCACCCUACAGCAGUUCAGGCUGUGUGGUUCGCAGGAAGCAUACACUGGCUUUUCGAUUCUUGCUAGUUCCCAGCUCACAGUUUGGGAGGAUCAAAUACCAGCCUUCACGGGAAGGGGGCCCAAGGACGGUGAGGCGCUGGGUGGUCCCAGCCUGGAGCCCUGCCAACCUGACAUGGAAAUGGAGGCAAACGACCAUUUUAACUUUACUGGCCUUCCCCCCGCACCUGCUGCCUCAGGACUGAAACCCUCUCCUCCCUCAGGGGAGGGCCUCUACACUAACGGGUCUCCCAUGAACUUCCCCCAGCAAGGGAAAAGUUUGAAUGGGGAUGUGAAUGUUAAUGGCUUAUCUACUGUAUCUCACACUACUACUUCAGGGAUUUUGAACUCUGCUCCCCAUUCCUCCAGCACCUCACACCUCCAUCACCCCAGCGUGGCCUACGACUGUCUCUGGAACUACUCACAGUACCCAUCUGCCAAUCCUGGCAGCAACCUCAAGGACCCACCCCUUCUCUCCCAGUUCUCUGGGGGACAAUACCCACUCAACGGCAUCCUUGGAGGCAGCCGGCAGCCUUCAUCCCCAAGUCACAACACUAACCUUCGGGCUGGGAGCCAAGAGUUCUGGGCCAACGGUACCCAGAGUCCCAUGGGGCUUAACUUCGAUUCACAAGAACUGUAUGAUUCCUUUCCUGACCAGAAUUUUGAGGUGAUUCCCAAUGGACCCCCUAGUUUUUUCACUUCCCCACAGACUUCUCCUCUGUUGGGAUCUAGCAUUCAAACCUUUGCACCCUCCCAGGAGGUAGGCAGUGGUAUCCAUCCUGAUGAGGCAGCAGAAAAGGAGAUGACUUCAGUUGUGGCAGAGAAUGGAACUGGCUUGGUAGGCAGCCUGGAGCUGGAAGAAGAGCAGCCAGAACUGAAGAUGUGUGGUUACAAUGGCUCUGUCCCCUCUGUGGAAUCCUUACACCAAGAAGUCUCAGUCCUGGUCCCUGAUCCCACCGUGAGCUGUUUAGAUGAUCCUUCACAUCUUCCUGAUCAACUGGAAGACACUCCAAUCCUCAGUGAAGACUCUCUGGAGCCCUUCAAUUCUCUGGCACCAGAGCCAGUGAGUGGAGGACUUUAUGGUAUAGAUGACACAGAACUCAUGGGUACAGAGGACAAAUUGCCCCUUGAGGACAGCCCUGUGAUCUCUGCCCUCGACUGCCCUUCCCUCAAUAAUGCUACUGCCUUCAGUCUCCUGGCAGAUGACAGCCAAACAUCAGCCUCCAUCUUUGCCAGUCCCACCUCUCCUGUCUUAGGGGAGUCCGUCCUGCAAGAUAACAGCUUUGACCUGAAUAAUGGUAGUGACGCAGAACAGGAAGAAAUGGAGACUCAGGCUUCAGACUUCCCACCACCCUUGAGUCAGUCAGCUCCUGACCAGUCAUCCACUGCUCAGCUACAUCCAGCAGCCUCACCAGCAGUCUCACCAACAGCCUCCCCGUCAAUAUCCCUAGCAGUUUCUCCGGCAGCCUCCCCAGAAAUCUCUCCAGAAGUUUCUGCAGUCUUUCCAAUGGUCUGCCCGACUUCCUCGGCAGUCCUCCCAGCAGUCUCCUCCGAAGUUUCCUUGACAGCUCCAGUGACCUCCCCAGAAGUCUCCCCCGUAACUUCCCCGGCAGCUGCCUUCCCAACAGCCUCCCCAGCAAAUAAGGAUGUCAGCAGCUUCCCUGAAGCCAUUGCUGACCUAGAAGAGAUCACUGGAGGAGUCACUACUUCUGGUAGUGGUGAUGUCCUGAGGAGACGUAUUGCUACCCCAGAAGAAGUUCGUCUUCCCCUCCAACAUGGGUGGCGGAGAGAAGUCCGCAUCAAGAAGGGCAGCCACCGAUGGCAGGGGGAGACCUGGUAUUACGGCCCCUGUGGGAAGAGGAUGAAACAAUUUCCAGAAGUGAUCAAGUACCUGAGCCGCAGCGUGGGACACAGUGUCCGUCGUGAGCACUUCAGCUUCAGUCCCCGUAUGCCUGUUGGAGAUUUCUUUGAAGAGAGAGACACACCAGAGGGCUUACAGUGGGUACAGCUCUCCGCGGAGGAGAUCCCAUCCAGAAUUCAGGCAAUUACUGGCAAACGGGGCCGACCUCGAAACACUGAGAAGGCUAAGACCAAGGAAAUCCCCAAGGUGAAACGGGGCCGAGGUCGGCCACCAAAGGUCAAAGUCACUGAGUUGUUGAAUAAGACAGACAGCCGCCUCCUGAAGAAACUGGAGACCCAAGAAGCACUGAAUGAAGAGGACAAAGUCAAGAUCAGUAAAAGCAAGAAGAAGAUGAGGCAGAAGGUACAACGGGGAGAGUGUCAGACUACUACCCAAGGGCAGGCCAGAAACAAGCGGAAACAAGAGACCAAGAGCUUAAAACAGAAGGAAGCUAAGAAGAAAUCCAAGGUAGGUAAGGAGAAGGUCAAGACCAAGCAGGAAAGACUGAAGGAGAAAGUCAAGAAAGAGAAGAAGGAGAAGGUAAAAACGAAGGAGAAGGAGGAGGUGGCCAAAGUCAAGCCAGCCUGCAAAGCGGACAAGACUCUGACCACACAGAGGCGCCUGGAGGAACGGCAGAGGCAGCAGCUGAUUUUGGAGGAGAUGAAGAAGCCCACGGAGGACAUGUGUUUGCUUGACCACCAGCCCCUGCCUGACUUUUCACGUAUCCCGGGUCUGACACUGCCUGGUGGGGCCUUCUCAGACUGCUUGACCGUCGUGGAGUUCCUGCGCAGCUUCGGCAAGGUCCUGGGCUUUGACCCUGCCAAAGAUGUGCCUAGUCUGGGGGUCCUGCAGGAGGGACUCCUGUGUCAAGGCGACAGUGUGGCCGAGGUACAAGACCUGCUGGUGCGGCUCCUGAAGGCUGCGCUCUACGAUCCUGGCUUGCCCUCCUACUGUCAGUCCCUGAAGAUCUUGGGAGAGAAGGUGUCCGAGAUCCCACUGACCCGAGAGAAUGUGUCUGAGAUUCUGCGCUGCUUCCUUAUGGCUUAUGGAGUGGAGCCAACUCUCUGUGACAGCCUACGCACCCAGCCCUUUCAGGCCCAGCCGCCCCAGCAGAAGGCUGCCGUCCUGGCCUUCCUCGUGCAUGAGCUCAACGGCUCCACCCUCAUCAUCAAUGAGAUUGACAAGACUCUGGAGAGUAUGUCCAGCUACAGGAAAAACAAGUGGAUUGUUGAAGGCCGGCUCCGGAGACUGAAAACUGCUCUGGCCAAGAGAACUGGGCGAUCUGAGGUAGAGAUGGAAGGGCCAGAGGAGGGCCUGGGACGGAGGCGGAGUUCUCGGAUCAUGGAGGAGACCAGUGGCAUGGAAGAGGAGGAGGAAGAGGAGACCACAGCAACUGUCCCUGGCCGCAGGGGUCGAAGAGAUGGAGAGGUUGAUGCCGCAACAUCCAGCAUCCCGGAGCUAGAGCGCCAGAUAGAAAAACUCAGUAAGCGUCAGCAGUUCUUUCGCAAAAAGCUGCUUCACUCGACUCAGAUGCUUCGGGCAGUGUCCUUGGGUCAAGACCGCUACAGACGCCGCUACUGGGUGCUGCCGUAUUUGGCCGGCAUCUUUGUAGAAGGAACAGAGGGGAGCUUAGUUCCCAAGGGUGUGAUAAAGAAGGAAAUGGAUUCCUCGAAAAUGGCAGGCCACCCAGCACCCAACUCUAUCCCCUUCUCCAUGAAGAGGGAGUUAGCUAGCUCCAGCACCUCGGCCAGUUCUCCUGCCCGGGCCCGAGGCCGACCUCGAAAAACUAAGCCUGGGGCUGUGAAGCCCAGGCACCCGAGGUCCCCCGUCAGGGGUCGGGAUUCAGAACAGCCGGAGGUGCAGCCCCAGCCUCAGCUCCAGACUCCUGCCCAGCCCCAGCCUGCGCUCCAGUUGCAUCCACAGCCCCUUAACAGGUCCCUGGAGCAAGAAAGCUCCCCUUUGUCUCUGGGUCAGAGCCAGCAUGACCUCAGCCAGUCAGCCUUCCUGUCUUGGCUGAGCCAGACUCAGAGUCGUAGCCCCCUGUUGAGCAGCUCAGUCCUCACGCCUGACAGCAGCCCGGGAAAGCUGGAUCCAGCCGCACCACAGCCCCGGGAGGAGCCGGAACCCGAGGAGGCAGAAUCCAGCCCUGACCCUCAAUCCCUGUGGCUGGAUGUCGCAGCCCAGGUGCCCUGCGGUGCUGCCCCUACACCGCCCCCUGCAGUUUCUGAGGACCAACCCACCCCCUCCCCGCAGCUACCUGCCUCCUGCAAGCCACUAAAUAGACCCAGUACAUCCAACCCCUGUUCUCCAGUGCAGUUCUCUCCCACCCCUUUGUUUGGGAUGGCCCCAAAGAGGCGAGCAGGAGACCCUGGAGAAACACCACAGAGUCCCACAGGGCUGGGACAGCCAAAACGGAGAGGGAGACCUCCCAGUAAGUUCUUCAGACAGAUGGAGCAGCGUUACCUAACCCAGCUCACGGCCCAGCCUGUCCCCCCUGAGAUGUGCUCGGGCUGGUGGUGGAUACGAGAUCCUGAGACACUGGAUGCCAUGCUCAAGGCCCUUCACCCCCGAGGCAUCCGGGAGAAAGCACUUCACAAACACCUUAGCAAGCACAGGGACUUCUUGCAGGAGGUCUGCCUACGGCCCUCCACUGACCCCAUCUUCGAGCCCAGUCAGCUACUUGCCUUUCAAGAAGGGGUUACGAGCUGGUCUCCCAAAGAGAAGACAUACGAGACAGAUCUCGCUGUCCUCCAGUGGGUAGAGGAGCUGGAACAGCGGGUUGUCAUGUCUGACCUGCAGAUUCGGGGUUGGGUGCGUCCUAACCCAGACUCUACUCGUGAAGACUUGGCCUACUGUGAGCAUCUCUCCGACUCCCAGGAGGACAUCCCCUGGAGAGGGCGGGGCAGGGAAGGACUGGCACCUCAGCGGAAAACUACCAACCCUUUGGACCUGGCUGUGAUGCGACUGGCCGCCCUGGAGCAGAAUGUGGAGCGGCGGUACUUGCGGGAGCCCCUAUGGCCGGCUCACGAGGUGGUGCUGGAGAAGGCCCUGCUCAGCACACCCAGUGGGGCCCCUCAGGGCCCCGCGACGGAGAUAUCGUAUGAGAUCACGCCUCGCAUUCGCGUCUGGCGCCAGACCCUGGAGCGGUGCCGCAGUGCAGCCCAGGUGUGCUUGUGCCUGGGCCAGCUGGAGAGGUCCAUUGCCUGGGAGAAGUCUGUCAACAAAGUGACCUGUCUAGUCUGCCGGAAGGGUGACAACGAUGAGUUUCUUCUGCUUUGCGAUGGGUGUGACCGUGGCUGCCACAUCUACUGCCAUCGGCCCAAGAUGGAGGCUGUUCCAGAAGGAGACUGGUUCUGUGCUGUCUGUCUGGCCCAGCAGGUGGAGGGAGAAUUCACUCAGAAGCCUGGUUUCCCAAAGCGAGGCCAGAAGCGGAAAAGUUGUUCGCCGAACUUCCCAGAAGGUGACGGCCGCCGGCGCCGAGGACUGUCGAGGGGCCGGGAAAGCCCCGCAGUUCCUCGGUACUCAGAAGAGGGGCUGUCCCCUUCCAAGCGGCGGCGACUCUCAAUGCGGAACCACCACAGUGAUCUCACGUUUUGCGAGAUCAUCCUGAUGGAGAUGGAGGCCCAUGACGCAGCCUGGCCAUUCCUGGAGCCAGUGAACCCACGUUUGGUGAGUGGGUACCGGCGCAUCAUCAAAAAUCCCAUGGAUUUUUCCACCAUGCGGGAGCGGCUGCUCCGGGGAGGGUACACCAGCUCGGAGGAGUUUGCAGCGGACGCUCUCUUGGUGUUCGACAACUGCCAGACCUUCAACGAGGACGACUCGGAAGUAGGCAAGGCCGGCCACAUCAUGCGCCGCUUCUUCGAGAGCCGCUGGGAGGAGUUUUGUCAGGGAAGACAGGCUGAUCUGUGAGGCGCGGGAGGCGGGGGCCGCCCUGGCAUCCCCCCCCUCUGAACAAAAAACCUGCCGUUCUCACCUGCUGAUGCUGCCUGGGUCCAGACUCAAGCCAGGUCUGUUCCUGACUCUGACCUUGCCCCGGGCAGCGCCCACGUCCUCUUGCCCCUCCGCCCCUUUCCCUUUUCCUCCUCCUGCUCCUCGAAUGAGAGGUGCAGAGAUGAGGUCCUUCUGGACUGAAAGCCAAAAAAAGAAAGAAAAAAAUAAUUUUUCUUUUGUUUUAUUUCCUAAUUAAAAAUGGGGAGGGGGAAAAAGUCCUUACUUCCUCCUCCCGGCUUCCUCUCCUUCCCUGUACGGGCCCCAGCAUUCUGGGGUUAUUUAACAAUAGCAAUAGUUCUAGUGAAUGUGUGAAACCAAGAAACACUCUGUACUGUGUGCGGACCCGCAGUGACGGCCAGUAAAGUGGACUUAACUCCCAAGUGUGUCGAGCCGGACACCGGGCCCUGAACAUGCUGCUUCCAUGUUCAGUCCCUUCCCUGCUUCUUGCUCUCUCUCUUCUUUUCCCUUUUCCUACCUUUCGCCCUCCGUUUUUCGAUCUUCUCAUCCAGCCAUGUAAAACUGUCGUGUACGGGUUCCUCCCCCCUUCUCUCUUCUCCCGAGUAUUUUUCCCUUCACAGGAAAAGUUCAGAGGUCCCUGUCUUUCUCUCUGUCCUCCUCUUCCUGCCAGUAGCUAUCCCCUCUACAAUGUUGGUCGCUCCUCACGAGCUGAGUUUCCAGCCUUCUCUGAAACUCAGUAGCUGGGGCGAUUCCCCACCUCCUUCCCAAACCUUCCUCUUAGGAACUCCUCAGGGACAACCACUGCUGAGUUUGGGCGCACCCCAAGGAGGAGGCCAGGUCGCAGUUGACUGGCCUCGGAGAGAGGUGUGUGAGCGCGCGUGUGAGCGGAUGCCGUGCUUGUGACCCGGUGUUGUUUGAUAGGAUCCAUUCACUUUCCCCAAGUAUCUGUUUUUAUUCCCACCUUUCCCGUUGUUUCGAACCAUCACUUUUUUGUCUUUGGGAAACCACAGGAACAAUUUCUCUGGGGACAAAGCUGUGUCUCUCUCCCGGUCGUUUCUGUUCAGCCUCUUCAAACUGUGCAAUCUUCCAGCAGGAACUCCCUCUCUUCUCAGUAGCUUUGAACCUUCAGUUUCUGCAGGGAGAGGGUAGAACUGGAUCUCUUCCCAGCCCCGCGAGCUUCUGUGGGUUCGGCUGUGCUUUCUUCCUUCGUCGUCCUCACGCUCCGGGGCCUUCCCCAGCAGCAGACCCUGGAGCUGGGCAGGAGAGCGGGGGGCGGGGUCCGGGUCCACCACUGCCCUCCCUGCGAACGCCCAGGCGAAGCCCCUUGCGCGAGGAGCGCUGCUAACUCCCAGCUGCAGCCAUGGCCCCUGGCCCCUGCUUUCCUGCCCAGCAGAGCCCCUCCCACCAGAGAUACGGGUACUUGCACUGGGGAGGUGGCUGCUGGCUGGCCCAAGCAGAGAGCCGGGCAUCUGAGGAGUCCCGUUGCGGGAGGGGCUGCCCGGCGAGGCGGGCCUUCCUGGCAUUCUGGCAGCACUGAAGAGCCCCCGAGGGGUGUGGGGGCCGUGCACAUCCGGGGCAGCCCCCUUCCGAUUCCUGGAUGCCCCUUCUCCCCCAUGGCCUAUUUCUGAAGUCGCCUUUUCUGUCAGAUAAACCUCAAAACUUUUAAUUUUAUUUGAGAUUUUUUUUUGCUUUUAAAUAAGAGGUGGAUUGAAGAAUAUUUGAAUUGACUUUAUAUUAUGCAUAAAUAUUUAUAUUUUAUCUAAAUAACUGCGCUGUAACAAACUUUGUGUUAGUUGGACGGUCGGAGCUGUCGUGGUUGGGGGCUCCUCUGUUCUCCCCGUGGCGGUUUCCCCUGGUCUGAAACGAGCUAGGUUGAUUUCACUGUCGAGGGCGGGGGAGCGAGGUCUUUGUUGUUCCUGCGUGUUCCUCUCCUGGCUCCAUCUUUCCCUAGGGACCAGGCACUCUUGAAGGCGGGGGUCCUCGCCUCAGUUUGAGGAGGUGGUAGCUGAAGGGGGUGGGGACGGGGCGUGAUCCAAGGGGCCAUUUCUUUUCCUUCCUCGUCUCACCGCCCCUGGAGCUAGGUAGAUUUUCUCUUCGUGGUAAAUCAGAGUAUUUGGCAGGGAAGGCAGGUUCAAGGUGAAAGAUAGCCCACCCUGCCCCUCCGUCUCUCCUCCCCCUGUCAGUCUGGUCACAGGAAGAAACCACACCAUCAACAUCAACAAGUUUCCAUGUUCCUUUACAACAAAAGGGACUGACUUUUUAUAUAACCAAAUGUGGUGUUUUAGUGACUUUUUGAUAAUGUACAGUUUUUUGUGAAUUUAAAUUUAUUUCUUUCUAUAUUUUUAGGACCAAUCUCAUUUUUAAUAAGGUUAAAAAAAGGAAAAAAGUCUAGAGGAAAAAAACUCCUGUUUUUGCCAUGUGAUGUUCCACAGGUGCAGCUGUAGAAAAGUGCUUGUCAGUUGAAUAAAAACCACAUUUGAUAGAGA